AUGGUCCUCCUGUCGAAUCUGGACUUGGUCAAUGAAUGCGACAACUUUCCUUACGACUCGCACGACGACGACGGGGACAAGGACAACGCUCAGGCUCAGAGGAAUGGAUCGCAUUACUAUCACUUCUACCUAGAAGGCUGCGGAGCGUGUCUGGGGUAUAUGACCGCUUCGGUCGCGGAGCGGAUGCCUCUGACCCAACACUGGAAGCUGGAUCAAGUCGCUCGACGGUUGGUGUUCCAGCCGCGCGACGACCAUGGUAAUUCCGCCGUGGACGUCGACAGACGCAGCGAGAUCCUGGCCGAGUACCUCCAGGAGGUGCGCGAGAGCCGCAUCUUCGGCGUGCUGAACGGCUGGCGCAACGAGUUGUACCCCAUCUACGGCCCCAACAGGAAGCUGGUGCUGAACAUGGAACGGUCGGCGACGCCGCUUUUCGGGGUCGUCACCUACGGCGUGCACAUGACGGGUUAUGUCGAAAGUGAUCAGGGCAUCAAGAUCUGGGCGCCGCGCCGGGCCUUGACCAAGCAGACUUAUCCGGGGAUGAUGGACAACACGGUCGCGGGCGGGUUGAGCACGGGAGAGAAGCCUUUUGACUGCCUGAUCAGAGAAUGCGAAGAGGAAGCCUCGUUGCCCGCAGAUUUGGUGCGCUCGUCGGCCAAGGCGUGUGGGACGCUGACUUAUUUCCACGUCCGAGACAGCCGAGCCGGAGGGGAGACGGGACUCUGUCAGCCCGAGUGCCAGUACAUCUAUGACCUCAAGAUGCCCGCCGAAGUCAUCCCAAAACCGGGCGACGACGAGGCCAUCGAUUUCCAGCUCCUGACCAUCCCGGAGGUCCGGCGGGCCAUGGCCGAGGGGAGAUUCAAGCCGAAUUGCUCCCAUUUGCUUCUUGACUUCCUCGUCAGGCAUGGAUUCCUGACCGCCGAGAACGAACCCGACUACAUUGAAAUAGUCGCCAGACUCCAUAGAAGGUUGGAGUUCCCAACUCCCUGA